CAUGACGUGAAAUUUGCGCUCCAAACAUGGUGCAUGUGCGGCUUUCAAUCACAGCCUCAAGAGUCACAACACCAAAGCGCUGAUAAUUCAAUCUCCAAUUCAGCAACUCCCGUCCUUCGUGUCGUCACAACACAAAAUCUUCAACAUGGGCCGUCUAGCCACCAUAUCAACCUGUCAACUUGAUCAGUGGGCACUUGACUUUGAUGGCAAUCGAGAUCGCAUUCUCGAAGCUAUCCGCCAGGCCAAAGCUGCCGGAUCCAAACUGAUACUCACGCCGGAGCUUUGCAUCCCAGGAUACGGUUUGCUCGAUCACUUCCAGGAGCUUGAUACAUUCACCCACUCAUGGGAAGUUCUCGCAGAGAUCAUCAGCUCUCCUGACGCACAAGACAUUAUCAUUGAUCUCGGCCUCCCCAUCCGUCACAACGAUGUUCCUCACAAUGGCAGAGUGCUUGCUCUAAAUGGAAAGAUCCUCGCCAUCAGACCCAAGAUCGACCUCUGCAACGAUGGCAACUACCGAGAGAUGCGUUACUUCACUCCAUGGACUAGAUACCGUGUUGAUUCAUACACCCUCCCCCACGAGAUCCAAGAACUCACUGGCCAGACCGAAGUGCCCAUCGGAGACAUUAUCUUCCAGACCUUAGAUGCUACCUUUGCUUCCGAACUCUGCGAGGAACUGUGGACACCCGAUUCUCCUCAUAUCCAGUACUCACUCAACGGUGCGGAAAUCAUCCUCAACUCAAGUGGCUCUCACCAUGAGUUGCGCAAGCUUGACACGCGCAUCAACCUGAUCACCAAUGCUUCCAAGUCAGGUGGUGUCUACAUGUACUCCAACCAGAAAGGCUGCGACGGUGAUCGUCUCUACUACGAUGGUUGCUCUCUUAUCGCUAUCAAUGGCCAGAUGGUCGCCCAAGGCAGUCAAUUCUCUCUGCGCGACGUCGAAGUCAUCACAUCGACUGUCGACCUCGAUGACAUCUGGUCUGCUCGUCAAUCGCGCAGCAGAGGAAUGCAAGCCAUGAAGGCCCACGACUUUACGAGAGUCAAGAUCGAUUUCGCCAUGACUGUCAAGACUCGCUCGAACCCCAAACUCCGAAUUGCAGAGGCAAUCAAACCUCGCUACCACAAACCUGAAGAGGAGAUUGCUCUAGGCCCUGCUUGUUGGCUCUGGGAUUACCUGCGCAGAUCUACAGCUGCUGGCUACUUCGUACCCCUCAGUGGUGGUAUUGAUUCGUGCGCAACCGCCACCAUCGUCUUUUCGAUGUGCAGACUGGUCAUCGCAGCCAUCAAGGAAGGCGACGAACAGGUCAUCAAAGACGCCACGCGCCUCUGUUCUGGCGACGAUGUCUCCAAAAUGUCCGCCCAAGACUUCUGCGGCAGAGUGUUUAACACCGCUUUCAUGGGUAUGAAAGAGCAAUCCAGCAAGGAAACCCGUGGCCGCGCCGAACAACUUGCCAAUGCAAUCGGUGCCCAACACAUCGACUGCAACAUUGACGAAGUCUUCAACGCCGUGAAAAACCUUGUCUCCAACACUCUCGACUUCACGCCCAGAUUCAAGGUACAUGGAGGAGAGCCAGGAGAGAACAUUGCGCUACAGAACUUCCAGAGCCGCUCAAGAAUGAUCUUGUCCUAUGCUUUCGCACAACUUCUGCCUACUUCCAAGGGCCGCGGUGGUCUUCUGGUUCUGGGAUCAGCCAACGUCGACGAAGCAUUGCGUGGAUAUCUGACCAAAUACGACUGCAGUAGUGCAGAUAUCAACCCCAUAGGCGGAAUCAGCAAGACGGAUCUAAUCAGCUUCAUCGCCUGGGCGGAACAUGCCUUCGAGCUGCCAAUCCUGCAGGAGUUCAUCGACGCGACCCCUACAGCUGAGCUAGAACCCAUCACAGACGACUACGUGCAGUCGGAUGAAGUCGACAUGGGCAUGACAUACAAGGAACUGUCUGUCUAUGGUUACCUCAGAAAGGUCCGCAAGUUCGGACUCUACUCGAUGUGGGAGAAGCUCUGCGUUGACUGGAGAGACCAAUACACCCCUGGAGAAGUGUAUACAAAGGUCAGACGCUUCAUGUGGUUCUACGCUAUCAACAGACACAAGAUGACCACAAUCACACCAGCAUACUACGCCGAGCAGUAUGCACCUGAUGACAACCGCUUCGAUCUUCGUCCAUUCCUGUACCCGAGCUUCACAUUUGCGCACAGGAAGAUUGAGAACGAGUUGAAGACGAUGGAGGAGGGAGAGGCUGGCAAUGCAGGAGAGAAAUGAUAGAUGCAAGAAGUAAAUGAUGCAUGCAUGCAGGAGGCCUCAUGGCGAAGGUAGUAGCGUUUCUAGACUGCUUCCAAGUAGAAUUAUCUCACCUCUGAACGACACACUCACAAAACCAGCCUUG